AUGCUCUCGGCCGCAGGAGCUGCGGACAAGGCGGCACGACUCCCGGCCUGCUACGGUCGGCGUUUCUCGCAGUCGCUCGCUGCCACUGCCAUUGCCGUCAAGGACUACAGCACGCUUGCUUGCGUCCUCUCACGCUUGCUUGCGUCCUCUCACGCUUGCUUGCGUCCUCUCACGCUUGCUUGCGUCCUCUCACGCUUGCUUGCGUCCUCCGCCCGCUCUCCUCCGCUCUCUCGCCCGCUCCUUCGCUCCAUCCGUGCAUGCAAAGUCUCCCCUUGUCGAUCGAGAUGCCUCGGCGACAAAACGAGGACGGGCGGCAAGGGGGGAUCAACCAAAGCAAAGACUGGCCAACAUCCAUAUAAAGCUCAUCAGAGUGCGCUAAGCGCUGUCGCAACCUCUCAACGUCCUCACAACCUCUCACCGUUGACAAUUGGUGUAAACGAAACUAGUUCUUCUCCAUUGUAG